AUGGACCGUUUCCUCAGAGCCGAGGAGACCGGAGUCUGCAGGGAGCUGUCACCCAGCAACACCUCCUCCUCCUCCUCCUCCUCCUCCUCCUCCUCCUCCUCCUCCAUCACCUCCUCCUCCUCCAGCUCCGAGCUCCAGACCCGGGGACCUGUCGGAGGCGGGUCGGAGCAGAGGAGAUCCGGGCUUAAGCGCAGCAGAGCCGGUCGGGAGGAGGAGGAACCGGAGGAACCGGAGGAACCAGAGGAACCGGAGGAACCAGAGGAACCGGAGGAACCGGAGGAACCGGAGGAACCGGAGAGGAGAGCCGGAGAGGAGAGCGCCGGGGGAGGCAUCAUCUUCAUCACCGCGGCCUCCGAUGCACCAUGCGCCAAAGGCAAGGAGGAGAGGAAGGGGAAGAACGUGAUCCGGGGCUGGAAGAGGGAGAAGGACCGGACGAGGAAAGAGAAGCUCAGGGAUGGCUCGUCUCCUCCUCCCUCCGUCUUCCUCCCGUCGUGCGCCCUGCCCGAGCAGCAUCAUCUGCUCUGGCCGGACUCCAGAGUCUCUGGAGGAGAUAACACCGGACACAUUAACACCGUGAGCACCGUCAACAACAACAGCAGCACCGGAGGAGGAGACGGUGGAGGAGGAGGAGGCACCACGCUGGAUUGUGGAGUAAAAAGCGGCGGCGGCGCUGUUGUUGUCAGGCGGCAGCAUGACGACACGCCGGCGGCCAAGAAGCACAGAGCAGCCGAGAAGGUGGAACCCAUGUUCACGGUACCGGCUCCCCCUGCUCCGGGCCACCACGGGGCCCCCGGAUCCUCCCUGCCCUCUGCCCCUUCAUUCUCCCCUCCGGCCCUGCCCACCUCCAACCCCAAGCAGCUGGUGGUGAGGACGAGGUCUGUCGGCACCAACACCCAGGACGGGGGCGUCUCGGGAGCACUGGAGGGCGACUCGGCAUGUCUGGGCCCCUGCCAGCCCGGGACCAGCGUCAACCUGGAGGGCAUCGUCUGGCACGAGACGGAGGAGGGUGUGCUGGUGGUCAAUGUGACGUGGAGGAAGAGAACCUACGUGGGAACUCUGCUGGACUGCACCAAACACGACUGGGCUCCUCCGAGGUUUUGCGAGUCUCCCUCCAGUGACCCUGAGUUGCCCGGUGGGCGUGGCCGGGGAAAACGGAUGCGAAUGGCCAUGGCCGAGCGGCCCUGCGUCGAGCCGGUCCCUGCAGCCAAAGUCCGAGGUCUAUCGCAGCACAGGAGCCGCGGAGGUGGCAUGGCUGGAACCGGCGCAACCAUCCACAGCAAGGGUCGCAGAGGAAGCCUGAACCUCAUCAACAGCAGCUGCCGUGCGCCUUCUUCUUUCUUUACUGUGGAGGAGGUGAAACCUGCCAACAGCACCUCCUCUCUUUCGUCUGGGAAGCGGAAGAACAAACCGCCGGCUGACCUGGACCUCAGCUUGGUGUCCUCUGACGACGUUAAAAACGGGAACGGGAAGAGGAUCCGAGCCAAAUCCCGCAGCGCCCCGUCCACGCCGCAGGGCAAAUCCGACCCCUCGUUCAUGGACCCCGGAGGAGGUUGCGCCUCCUCGCCUCCUCCCCCGCCCAUCCUCAUCGACUGUCCCCACCCGAACUGCACCAAACGCUACAAGCACAUCAACGGCCUGCGUUACCACCAGACGCAUGCACACCUGGAGGCUGAGGAGCAGAGGAAGCCUGAGCUGGAGCCCAUGAAGGACGGGGAGAGCGAGGAUCGACUAUCGGACUGCGAGGACACCAUCAGCAACAUGACGUAUGACCUCUCAGAGACAAACAGCACCAAUACCAACAGCUCCUCUAAGAAACCGGCUCCUCUAUAUAAGGUGACCACGGUGGGAUCUCACAAGAACAGACGGCUCCUCCUCAGCACGGACCACAGCCCCUCAGUCAACCCCAAGACAAGAAGAACCUCACUGCUGAAGGACGGGCUGAUUGAUGACCUCAGCAAUCUGCCCAUCAUCUCCAACAUGACCGUGGUUCUGGAGAACUGCAUGGUCCCAGACAGGAACUCCACGGUCGAGAUGCCCAAGCUGGAAGCCGAAGGCUUGAUCGACAAAAAGGGAGGGGUGUGCGACAAGGGCAAGAAGGCCAACGGGAAAGUGGAUAAGCUGUCCAAGUCGCGGACCAACCGGCCGAUCGCUCCGGCCCCUGCUCCCCCAAAGCUGAUUGCCAUACCCAACACAGCGUAUCCGACCGGCACAGCAGAUACUGCCACCUCACAGCAGAACUCGCCCAUGGCAGCCGUUGGCCUCACCAGUAAAAACCUCCCCCUGAAACCCAUCAAACCAAAGCUGAACAUCGUUGUGGAACCGAGCCUCGUCAAAGCCACCCUGGUUACCGGCAGCAAAGAGACCAGGAAGAAAGAGAAACGGAGGCUGAAGGACAAACACAACAAAGACGCGCAAGCCAGGACGCCUAAUGGUGACAGCAGUGGAAUCAAAAUGGAAGAUGGUUGUGGUGUUGGUUCCAAAAUAGGCGUCAAGGAAAUUUCUGGAAGCCUUCUGAAGGAGCACCUCAGCAAGCAGGAUGUAAUGAACGGGCUCACGGAGAGCCAGGAGAGCAGGAUGGCCAGUAUCCGAGCCGAGGCGGACAAGGUGUACACCUUCACCGACAACGCCCCCAGUCCUUCCAUCGGAGGCUCAUCUAGGCUCGACUCCGGCGGCAGUUGCCUGGCAACGGACAGCAAGAACAACAGCCCCGCCUACUCCGACAUCUCAGACGCCGGGGACGACGGGGGAUCUUCCGAGUGUCGCUCGGAUGGAAUCCGAUCCAAGUCCGUCUCCUCAGCCUCUUCAGAGUCAAGCUCCAACGGUAACCACGGUAACCCUGGUAAAACCCCGCCCACUGCAUCUGCACCGCUGACGAAAGACCCCCAAUCACCGUACUACCACGGCUACGAUCCCUACUACCUGCAGGGGUACAUGCAGCAGGACAGGCAAAACAGCAGCGGCGUUGCUUUCCACAAAAGCUCCGGCCUCGACGGCAAAGGGAAAGACAGAAAGGAGGAACUGAAGGAGGACGACAAAAGCUCCUCCCACGACUUCUCGGACUCAAAGAAAGGCGACGGGCCGCCUCAGUCUCAGCUCCAGCUCGCUAUGAGCCAGACCCAGACCGCCUUGGCCCAGUCGCUGUACUACGGCCAGUACUCCAGAGGACUGUACAUGGACCAGAAGAUGUUACUGGCCUCCAAGUGCUGCGACCAGACCCACGGCGCCAAGCAGAGGGGCGAGAGGGGACAGGGGUUGAGAGACAGUGAGGACGAUAAACACCUGGUUGGGGGUUCAGCCGGUGGACCCAUGCUGGGUAAAAGUCCAGAUGGCGCCAAAGGUUGCUGUCCCAAACCAAUCCUGUCCUACGUGGAGAUGAGUGAGAGGGGAGAAAGGGGACAGGGUCUGGGCGCGAAGGCGUUGCACAGUGGUUUGGUCGACCAGCACCAGGUCUCGAUGAAAGACUGCGAUGACAUCAAGUCACCUUCCUCUUCCUCUUCUUCAUCACUCCACAACCCAAACAGUCAGACAGAUCUGGACUCAAAUGUUUCCUAUUCCAGUCCCUCAGACGGCCCGGCCUGGGCUCACUGCCUCGCUCACAGCAAAUACUCUGAGCUCCAGCACGGGGAGGAGGCCGAGGAGGGGGAAGCUGACAGGGGGAAAGAGUGGGGAGCUACCGUGGAGCCUGCCGGGGCCAAGAUGACCUCUGGAGGAGCAGGAGGAGGUGGUGGAGGUGUGGGUGGAGAUGCUAAGAAAACCAGGGUCCACGAUCUCCCGCCAGCCAUCGACUUGGAGGAUCCGGACGGACUGGACGGGCUGGAGGAUCCACUCCAGGAGCCGAUGGGAGGGCUGGCCGAGGAGUCCCAGAACGCCCGGGCGGCGGUGUCUCCUCCCAUGACCCCCCAGCAGCCCUACAUCCAGUACCAGCACUCCUCCUACCAGCCCUACCUGGCCAUGUGCGAGAGCGGCGGGGGCUCCUACAGAGGGGUGUCCCCGACCCUGGUCCACAACUACCCAGGUUUCCACUACCCUCUGUACGGUAAGACGGCGGGCCGGGAGGAGUCGGAGGUGACUCCACCCGGCAGAGGAGGAGCGGUGAGCGGAAAGCAGAGCGGAGACUCGUCCUCGUCCUCGGCCAUGGAGCUGCUGCAGCAGCAGAGCCACCAGUACCACGGGAAAUCACCUGCUCCCGGAGAGAAGGUCCCCGAGGGAGAGAGAGAGACGGAGCGCGAGAGGAACCACUUGUCGUUCGCCCGACAUCUCCACACACACCAUCACACACACCUGGGGAUGAGCUACAACCUGAUGUCAGGACAGUACGACAUCUACCAAGGGUUGAGCUCCCGGUCACUGGUCUCCAGUCAGCAGGUGUCGGGUCACUCCUCCACCGAGAAUGAAGGGAAGAAGUAG